AAAACAUCAUUCGUUAGUUUAAAUAAGGGGAGAUGGAGUUGAGUGGUCAUCUGGAACUGCAUCUGAUUUCUGAGUUGACGAGCGUAGGACGAUUACGAUCAUAUGGCCAAGCACGAAGAGCUCCCAAUCCCCGUCUUCUCAUCCCUGGAGCCUGUCUACGGUGACGGCUCCCAGCUACAGGACGCCCAGCUUCGAUUCUACAAUUUUAAGUCCAAGUUUCUCGAGGUUUUCGGUCAACCUCCUCACGUCUUCGCUCGCUCUCCAGGGAGGGUGAACUUGAUUGGAGAGCACAUUGACUAUGAAGGCUACUCGGUGCUGCCGAUGGCAAUAGGGCAAGACACGAUAGUGGCAAUCCGAAAGCACGAUGAGGGAGAGGCCGAAAAGGUUCUCAGAAUUGCUAAUGUCAGUGCUAAGUACACCAUGUGUACGUAUCCUGCUAAUCCUGACCAGGAAAUUAACUUGAAGGAUCACAAAUGGGGCCAUUAUUUUAUUUGUGGGUACAAAGGUUUUCAUGAAUACGCUAAAUUAAAAGGAGUGGAUGUAGGUUCAACAGUUGGACUUGAUGUUCUAGUGGAUGGAACAGUUCCUACAGGAUCUGGACUAUCAAGCUCUGCAGCGUUUGUUUGCUCUUCUACAAUUGCUAUAAUGGCUGCUUUGAAUGUUAACUUUCCGAAGAAAGAAGUUGCCCAACUUACAUGUGAAUGUGAACGACACAUUGGAACACAAUCCGGUGGAAUGGAUCAGGCAAUCUCUGUUAUGGCCAAAUCUGGAUUUGCAGAGUUGAUUGAUUUCAACCCCAUUCGUGCUACUGAUGUGCAACUUCCUAGUGGUGGUACUUUUGUAAUCGCCCAUUCUCUGGCAGAAUCUCAGAAAGCAGUCACUGCUGCUACAAACUACAAUAACAGGGUUGUUGAAUGCCGGUUGGCUGCUAUUGUACUUGGUAUAAAGCUGGGAAUGAAACCAGAGGAAGCUGUAUCAAAUGUGAAAACUCUUUCAGAUGUUGAAGGGUUGUGCAUAAAAUUUGCCAGUAGUCGUGGAUCUUCUGAUCCUGUCCUUACUGUCAAGGAGUUUCUGAAAGAAGAACCAUAUAUGGCUGAAGAGAUUGAGAUAGUCACUGCGGAAAAGCUGCCAUCCAUUUUUGGAAAUUCUCCAUCUUCUCUGGAUGUAUUGAAAGCUGCCAAACACUUUAAGUUACAUCAGCGAGCGUCUCAUGUGUAUUCCGAGGCCAAGCGAGUACAUGCAUUCAAGGAUACUGUGGCAUCAGAGUUAAGUGAGGAGGACAAGCUGAAGAAGCUUGGCGACCUUAUGAAUGAGAGCCAUUACAGCUGCAGUGUUUUUUAUGAGUGCAGCUGUCCUGAGCUGGAAGAACUUGUAAAUAUAUGUCGGGAACAUGGUGCCCUUGGGGCAAGGCUUACAGGAGCUGGAUGGGGUGGCUGUGCUGUCGCUUUAGUGAAAGAGAGCAUUGUCCCGCAAUUCAUCCUCAAAUUGAAGGAACGGUUCUACCAAUCAAGGAUUGAAAAGGGGAUCAUUAACAAGGACGAUCUUGGCCUCUAUGUUUUUGCUUCCAAGCCAUCAAGUGGUGCCGCUAUUUUCAAGUUUUAAUAUGUGACUUGUUUACCCUUUUUACUUUUCUUGGUUAGUGAAACAACAAACUAUGUCAUUAACAUAACUUAUGUUGAGAAAACCACAUGAAAAAUGUUUAGGUUGAGUAAAUACUCGUGUUAUCAAUUUAGUAAACAAAGAACAGAAAAUAAUGGUUUGGCAAGUUGCCAAAACUUGUAUUGUAUUGUUGGUUAAAUCGAUUACAUCA